AUGUUCCACAUCCGCCGCCGCCGCAACGUUCUGCAGGACAACCUGGGCUCCACACCGCCGCCGAACCGGAAACCCACAUUGACGUCUUCCGGACCCAACUCCACUUCCGGCCCGGCGGCCGAUUACGAACUGCCUCAUCAUGAUGAUUCCGGCGCUCAACCAAAAAGGGGCUUUUCCCAACUGCCACCAGAGAUCCAUCUGAUAAUCACACAACAUCUCAUCUAUCCUGAUGCCCUAUCCCUCAAGCACACCUCUCGCUAUUUUUACCAGCUCGUCGAUACCGGCGUGAAACUGAAGGUUGAUUGGCUCAUGGAGAGGAGGAAGCUGCAUCUGGAAUGCCCGAGUAAUCAGCGAUGUGAUUUGGGGAGUGACUUGCGGUUUUGUAGGGGGAGCGUAAAGUUAUUGAUGCAACGAAGAAGAGAGCAUAUCGAGUGUGAAUCACGACCUGGUUUAGGCUGUCUAAUUUACGGCACAGAGACCUGUCCCCAUGCGAGGAAGCUCAAGACCAAAAUCAAGAGGUGGUUGAGGGGCCCGGUGACGUUGGAGAUGAGAUGGGUCUUGUUGGUUAUUGGUGUUGCUUUGCUGCCGUUGAUCAUAAUGGGUUGGGUUUGGUUGAUGGAGAGCUUUGUUUGGAAUUGA